AUGAACGGAAUGCCAACACGCACGCAAGUGCAUGCAAAACAGCGUGCAGUGAUUGAGGCAGAAGAAGAGGUGUUCCUCAAAUUCAUCAAGGUGCUCAGCCAUUGGGGUGUUUCUUUGACCAUGAAUAUGAUCACGACCUAUGCCUCUCGUAUUGCAGGGAAAGAAUUAGGAAGGACAUGGAGCCGACGUUUCAAGGCUCAGCACAAGAACGAGUUGAAGGCUUGUCUCCUAGUCAAGACAGCAACAACACUGGAGGAGUGUCAUGCAAAAUCACUCAACAUAUAUGUGGUACACCAGUACUUUGUGAUGCUAGAGUCUGUGAUCAAGGAGUAUGAUAUCAAGCCUAAAAACAUCUAUAAUAUGGACAAGAAGGGAAUUCAACUUGGGGUUGCUGGGUGCGUUGCAGUUGUGGUCGACCGGGAUCAAGAAUCUGUUCAGACUAUUGCCAAUGGAAAUCGUGAACUGGGUGGGGGGCUCCUUGACAUCUUACCACCACGUGCAAUUAAGCGAAAGUCCCGUACUUCUCCGUCCGGGCUGGAGCGAGAGCACACGUCGGCGUACAUCCACAGCUAA